AUGACCGUCGUUCCAAAUCGUGUUCUCCUCUCUGAAAAACACGACAUCAGGACAAAGGACGAGUUGAAUGAUCUGAUGGCCCGUGUCUUCGCUGAGGGGCUGGAAGGUCUGGUCAUCAAGAUGAACGAUGCAACAUUUGCAAACUUGUUCCCUGGAAAGCGACAUCCAUUCAGAAGUGUCUAUGAACCUGGGAAGCGACAUUGGAUCAAAAUAAAGAAGGAUUACUUGGCCGAAGGCGCAAUGGCUGAUUCUGCUGAUCUAGUCGUUCUCGGAGCCUACUUUGGAACUGGAAAUAAGGGUGGCAUGAUGUCAGUGUUCCUAAUGGGCGCCUUCGACCCAGCCAUCGACCAGUUCUGCACUGUAACCAAGUGCGCCAACGGUUUCGACGACCGCACGCUUCUGCGUCUGCAGAAGCAACUGAAAAUGAUCAAAAUAUCGAAGGACUACUCCAAAGUUCCGAGUUGGCUGAACGUGGCGCGAAGCAUGGUACCAGACUUCGUUGUCGCGGAUCCAAAGGCGGCGCCGGUGUGGGAAAUCACAGGAGCCGAAUUCUCGCGAUCCGGAUUCCAUACAGCGGGCACGACCACUGACCACGAGGGCAUCUCGAUUCGCUUUCCACGUGUCACCAGACAGCGGCCCGACAAGUCCUGGAAGGAGGCCACCGAUGUUCCGCGUCUCGAGUCGCUCUUCAAGGCAUCGCGGUCCCAGUCGGACUGGAGUAGAAAACUGGAGGCUCUUUCGAAUCCCUCGCCAGCCAAUAAACGCGCUGCGCAACGGGACGAGGUGCUCGCAAGUGCCAAGGUGAGAUCCAUUGGCUGUAAGUCAAUCGGUUCUUUGCCUGAUUCGUUACAGAAACCGCGCCUAUUUCGAGUCCGCGAAUCCGCGCAAUUCAAUUACCUCCGACCGCUGCUUGAGGGAUUUGUGAUAAAUGUGCCCGGGGCGCUGAUUGGUGACGAGUCCUUCCAAAUGCUGUACCGUCGUCUGGUUGCUUGUGGGGCUGUUGUCACUGGUGACGGCCUUCGUGAAACUACCAAGCCUGUCACCCACACCAUCGUUGUCCCGCCGAACACCAACCCAGCCUCUUCUCUUGACGGCGUGACACCGCUAACAGUGGAUUGGCUGGAGAAAUCAAUCAAUGAGGGCAAACUUCAACCACUUCCGGCCAAUCAGCCCCAAAUUUGCGAAAUGUGA